ACAAGACCGUCAAAAAGUUAUCCCUAACGUUCGUGUUGCAUGACACUGUACCUCAUUCUGGGCAGACAUGGAGCAAGGAUCCAUCCUGUAUCCAACAGGGAUAGGGAUAACAUUCGCUACCUGCCGCUCCUUGUCCUAAAGGAUAUGAUAAAGAGCAACUUGAAUGAUAGAAUUCGUUACAUUAAAGAUCACAAGAAGACGGUGGUGUUCUUCGAGCAUACAGAACUACAUUAUAUUGCCAUUUCCAAAACCAAUUCACACCACAUGCUGCUACACCACCUUAUCAUUAUCCAAAGCUAUUUAUCGUUUAUGUACGGACCGGCGUUUGCUACCCGACUAUCCACCUCUCAACCCUCACCCUUUCAACCGAAUCGAGCUUCAAUAUCGCCGAUUUCGUCUUCAGAGCUGUCAUCGGCUGCAGCUCGUAUGAUAAGUUUGUGUCGCUUAAACCCUUACUUGGCAGUACAGCCUAUUCAAGUCAGCGAAGAUCUCCGAAAGCGGUUCAGAACGAGUCUUCGGGAAGGUUGCGAUCAUGCCUUUGCAGCUUCUGAGAAAAGGAAAUCAAGCUUUGGUUCAGCUUUUCAGGCGUUAUCGAUGCAAUCCAUGCGAGAGGAGCCAACUCCCUUGCCAAACGGAAGUUGGUCUCACGCUAUGCUUUGGGUACAAGAUAAGCUUUUGGUUCGGUGUAAUAAUGGAUCAGCUGAUCACAGUCCGUAUGAUAUAGACAGCCAUGAGCUGUUGGCUGUUCUUAUACUCGUUCAAGGCUUUCUGAAAGCUCAUGGAACGAAUGAUAGUUUAUACCCAGGAGAUCAACCAGCAUCAACUGCUCACCAAAACACUAAACCGCAAAUGAUCCGAAAUUCAAGGUAGGCUAGGUCAACUCGACCUUAGUAUUUGCUUGCCUUCAUACCCUCAUCCCCAACUGCAUCAUUCCCUGAAAUAGAUCCAGCAAUCAUUCUCUAGAUACCCAUCAUUCCCGGACACCGGACUCCACCAAUUCAUCCACCA